AAAUCAGAAGGAAAAUCGGCAGUUUUAUUUGGGAGCAGGCGGGUGAUUCAGUUGCAGAACAGCACGAUCAAAAUCUGGAGAUGGCGAGAGAAGGCCGUGAAGAAGAAGUGGAGGAAGAUGCACUAGACCUGGCCAAAAGCGAAGAAGAAACAGGUUCCAGCGCUCCCACCCACGGGGAAUUUCCGUACCGUGCCCUCCGGGAAUACCCGAUGAGUAACAUGGUGACAGGCUACGCCUCUGCUCGCGACAUGAAGAAAUACGUCGGAGAGCUCCGCGAUUUCAUUCCCGGCACCUCGGGCUACACGGUGUAUUGGAUCCAGAACGAAAUUAACAUUUAUUCUGACGUGAAGACUAAAACAAAGAGAAAAUUUUAA